AACUAUAACUUGUAUUGCAUGAUUUGGUUGCCCUAGAGGAAGCUGAAGCUGUGCCUCCAUUGAAGAUCGCAGAGAGAGCUUGAGGACUUCAACGCCGGCGGCCAAGCAUGGUGCACGUUUCCUUUUACCGCAACUAUGGGAAGACUUUUAAGAAGCCCAGACGCCCCUACGAGAAGGAGCGUUUGGAUGCGGAAUUGAAGCUUGUCGGAGAGUAUGGGCUGCGGUGCAAGAGAGAGCUGUGGAGGGUUCAGUAUGCGUUGAGCCGAAUCCGAAACAAUGCGAGAAUGCUUCUGACGCUUGAUGAGAAGAACCCGCGUCGGAUUUUCGAGGGUGAGGCCCUGCUGAGGAGGAUGAACAGGCACGGGCUUCUGGACGAGAGCCAGAACAAGCUCGAUUACGUGCUUGCCCUUACUGUCGAGAACUUUCUUGAGCGCCGCCUCCAGACCCUCGUGUUCAAGUCCGGCAUGGCAAAGUCGAUCCACCAUGCCCGUGUGCUCAUCAGGCAAAAACACAUUAGGGUUGGGAGGCAGGUAGUCAAUAUCCCUUCAUUCAUGGUGAGGGUGGACUCACAAAAGCACAUUGAUUUUUCACUCACAAGCCCCUUCGGAGGUGGACGUCCUGGCCGCGUGAAGCGAAAGAACCAGAAGGCGGCUGCCAAGAAGGCUGCUGGUGGAGAUGGAGAUGGAGAUGAAGAAGAUGAAGAGUAAAGAGUAGAAUCCUCAAUUUAGGUAUAGGGAGUAUCCGCAUCUCGUAUCGGUAUUCGCUUUCUUAGAUACUCACUUAUCUCGCUUUCUUUCUGUGGAUUUGUAAACUUUUUUGGAUAUAUGUUAUAACCAUAGGAAUUUUUGUUUGAAUUUUGUCCGCAUCUUUUUUUAAGUCUCGUUAUUGGAUAAUUCCGCUAUUUGAUCAAAUUAA